AUGCCCAAAAGUAACGGAUCCAGGUUCGAUGUCCUGAUCAAUGAAGAGGAGAACUUAAGCACUCAUUCUGAAGAACCCAACCAUCAAAAUGUGGACAAGGUGAAGAAGAUGAUGACGGGAAACUCAACUAAGAAGGAUAGCAUGGAGGAACAAAACGAGAAUACAGAAGGAAAUAAUGAACAGAAGAGAAAGAGCCAAUUGAAGAAUGACAGUGGAGACAACAAGAGGGAGCCACCACCAGCUAGGAAGGGGAAUCAAAAGGCUUCCCCUGAGCUGGCUAAAAAGGGAGCGAGGAAUGACAACCAAACCUCUAAUAGGUUCACUCCCUCUGCUGAGAUGGGUAAAUAG